AUUUUGCAAUUGUGUAAAAAAAUUAUCAGACUGAAUAUCAUCAGGGGCUGUUUUCAAGGAGCGCUAAGACCCCGCGGAAUGCCCUCUGGAAGGGACGCAGUCUGUCCUCACCGGGACUCCUCUUCGCCUCCGCGCGGUGAUUGGGUGGAAGAUGGCGCUGGGCGAAUGGAAAUCCUAAUGACAGUUUCCAAAUUUGCCUCUUUUUGUACCAUGGGCGCCAAUGCCUCCGCUUUGGAGAAAGAGAUCGGCUCGGAGCAGUUCCCUGUCAAUGAGCAUUACUUUGGAUUGGUCAAUUUUGGAAACACCUGCUACUGUAACUCUGUGCUCCAGGCACUGUACUUCUGCAGGCCGUUCCGGGAGAAGAUCCUGGCAUACAGGAGCCAGCCACGCCGCAAGGAGAACCUGCUCACCUGCCUGGCUGACCUCUUUCACAGUAUAGCUAACCAGAAGAGGAAAGUUGGGGUGAUACCUCCUAAAAAGUUCAUCACGAGAUUGCGGAAAGAGAAUGAACUAUUUGAUAACUACAUGCAACAAGAUGCACAUGAGUUCCUAAAUUACCUGCUCAACACUAUAGCAGACCUUUUACAAGAAGAGCGGAAGCAAGACAAACAGAAUGGCAAACUGGCCAAUGGCACACUUGAUUCACAGAACAAUAACAGCACCCCGCCCUCCUCCACCUGGGUUCACGAGAUCUUCCAGGGCACGUUGACCAAUGAGACACGAUGCCUCACCUGUGAGACGAUAAGCAGUAAAGAUGAGGAUUUCUUGGAUUUGUCAGUGGAUGUUGAACAGAACACUUCAAUCACACACUGUCUCAGAGGUUUCAGUAAUACAGAGACCUUGUGCAGUGAAUAUAAAUAUUACUGCGAGGAAUGCAGAAGUAAACAGGAGGCGCACAAACGAAUGCGGGUUAAGAAACUUCCCAUGAUCCUUGCCUUGCACUUGAAGAGAUUUAAAUACAUGGAGCAGCUCCAGCGCUACACUAAGCUAAGCUACCGCGUGGUCUUCCCUCUGGAGCUUCGCCUCUUUAACACGUCUGGAGAUGCCACCAAUCCAGAGAGGCUGUACGACCUGGUCGCUGUGGUGGUGCAUUGUGGCAGCGGUCCAAACAGAGGACACUACAUCGCUAUUGUAAAGAGUCAUGAUUUCUGGCUGCUGUUUGAUGAUGACAUCGUAGAGAAAAUUGAUGCCCAGGCAAUUGAAGAGUUCUAUGGCUUAACCUCUGAAAUUUCCAAGAACUCAGAGUCUGGGUACAUCUUGUUUUACCAGUCUAGAGACUGAGAGAGGCCAGAGGGGCGGCCCGUUAUGGACACCAGUGCAACAGGCGUGCCUGUUUACAGAAUCCUGCUGCAUCCCACCUGUGCAGAUUCUCGCUGCAGCGCCGCCUCACACCCCCCACCCCACCCGUCCAAGCCCUCCCUCGCCGGUCUCGAUGCAGCAGUUACGUUGGACGUGAUGCAGUCACAAGGCAUUUUGAACGUUGUUUGUCAGUUGUAUUUACGUUGUGGGAGAGUUUCAUCGUGUUCAGUCCUUUACCGUGGAGAGAAUGUGUUUAAUGUAACAGAUUGUAUAAUAUAACGGGGAUUUACAUUCAA